GGAGGACAAGAACUGGAGGAAGAAAGCCUGACAAAGUGCAUUCUUCUCAACUUUCUCUCUACUAGACUGUUCUUUUGUGACUACAGUUAUUUCCAAAACAUUGUUACUCACUGCCUGCACUGUAUUAGCUCUCCAGCUGCUGAAUACGGGUGGGUUAGAUCACGUGUUUCAGAAGAAGGAGAAAAGGAAAAGUUUAAGUCAGGCACUCCGCUCCCAGAGUAUUCAGAACUGAGUAACAAGCUUCCCACCAGACACCUGCACAAGCUUUGCACUCCUGUUUCACAACAAACUGGGACUGUGCCUGCCUCUUGAAGAUCCCAGCAAGACACUGCAGUCAAUAACUAACAAAAAAAGAAAAGGGAUUUUCUCAGGGCUUAAGAAACUUCACAGAUAAUCCGGAAAACAUUUAAUCCUUUGGCUUUUUAACUGCUGUCAGAAGUUAUGCUACAAGAUUUCUUCCUUGAGUCUCUUGGCUUUUUAUGGUAAUUCUGCUCUGGAGUACACCUUUUGCUGUGUACACAGAAGUGAUUCUUUUCUAAGGCUAUAAAUGGGAUGUAAGAACCUUUGAGCUUGUUGCAGUCAUUCUGGAGCCAGGAACCUACCCAGACUUGGAUUUGACAGAUAGCAACAACUUUUCAGCGGCCACCUCAGGGAACUGCAGUUUUGACCUCCUCCCCAAAAACUAAUUUUCAGCAUGUCACUAUUGUGGAGUGUGGCACUUUUCCUAACUGUUAUUAAAGAUUUUGUAUCAUCAAACUCAGAGCCGAAACCAACAUGGCCAAAUCGAAGAAUACCGAUAGUUCUGCCUGAAACAGUAAUGACAAUGCGUAAGGCACAUUUUGAAGCACAGCCAACAUUGCAUGUAGCAUCAUCCUGUGGCCCAGAUUGCCACAAGUAUUCAAAGCAUCCAUCUUAUGAGGAACUUAAGGAGUACUUGUCAUAUGAGACUCUGUAUGACAAUGGAAGCAGGACUGACACUAAAAUUGGUAUAUACGGCACUAACCUUGGCAACUGGGCAACAUCUAAAGUUACAAAUGGCAAAUCUAGAAUACGACGACAGAUAUAUGGCUAUGACAGCAGAUUCAGCAUUUAUGGAAAAGACUUUUUACUCAAGUAUCCAUUCUCCACGUCAGUAAAGCUAUCCACAGGUUGCACAGGUACUCUUGUAGGGGAGUAUCAUGUGCUUACCGCAGCUCACUGUAUCCACGAUGGAAAGAGUUACGUAAAAGGGGCCCAAAGACUUAAAGUAGGAUUUCUGAAAACAAAACAAAAAGAUAAUGGAAAGAUUUCAAAUCAGACAAACUCUUUGAUUCCAGAGAAGAUGAAAUUUCAGUGGAUGAGAGUGAAGCGGACACAUGUACCAAAGGGAUGGAUCAAAGGAAAUGCUAAUGAGAUUGGCAUGGAUUAUGAUUAUGCAUUACUUGAACUAAAGAAACCCCACAAAAGGCAAUACAUGAAGAUAGGUGUGAGUCCUUCUGCAAAGCAACUGCCAGGAGGGAGGAUUCACUUUUCCGGUUAUGACAAUGACAGACGAGGAACUCUAGUUUACCGUUUCUGUGCAGUCAAGGAUGAAACAUUUGAUCUACUAUAUCAACAGUGUGAUGCACAGCCAGGUGCCAGUGGGUCUGGUGUUUAUGUUCGAAUGUGGAAAAGCCAAAACAGAAAGUGGGAAAGAAAAAUUAUUGGAAUAUUUUCAGGACAUCAGUGGGUGGAUCAUCAUGGUAUUCCUGAAGAUUUCAAUGUUGCAGUUCGAAUCACACCACUAAAAUAUGCACAGAUUUGUUACUGGAUUAAAGGAAAUUACAUUGAUUGUCGAGAAGGGUGAACAAUGCAAGAACUCUUCUUAUAUGGACACAUUAAGAAUAACUGCUUAGAAAAUGUUACAUUGAAUUCUUUAAAUCCUUUACUCUUAGUAGACAAGAUCUUAUUGAUAAAUAAUAUGAACAACUUUAAAGAACUUUAAAGCAGUUUUUAUACAGUACAUGGGCUAGCAAUUCUAGAAUAUCAGUUGUUCACUUCCAAUCUGUAAGUUGCAUUGUAGCUAACAUAUUUGCCAUUUAAUUUAUAUAUUAUUUGUAAAGCUAUACAGAAUGUUGAGCACACUUUGUGAAACCACUGUUGCUAGACCUUAAAAUAUUCUAAUACACAGUAAUCGUUAAAACUGCUUAUUUUAUUAUUGAAUCAUUUUCAUCAUAAAUCCGUGUGUGCUUCAUUACAUUGGUGGUCUACAAUUGCCCAUGGACAGUCAUUUAACUGUGCUUACAGAUCUGACUGGUGUUUGACCAAACAUUUUCACUGGCAGGGAAACAGCCACUAUCACAAGCUAUGCGGCAGUAGUGAUCAUAGCUUAAAUAAAGGUAAUUCAUAUAUGAGUGCAAAAUUAGAAUUUUAUAUCACCACAGUAUGUUUUACCUAUAUUAGUCCAGGGAUGAAGUCUCAGAAUUUAUCAGCCAUGUAACAUUACCUUAUCUGCAAUAAGUAUUUAGUUUAAAAUGAAGUAGGUCAAUUCAAAAGUAUUAUAUUCAGUUAAUUAAAUCAUUCACAGAUAGCCAACAUGAUUAUGGUUUGCAUAUAGUGUAAAAAUCAACAUGUAAAAGUUUUUGUGGCAGUAUAUACCUGCCACAUAUGUUAUAUAUAUUUUCUUCAAAGUCUUUGAAUUCUAAAUGAAUGAAUUCCAAAAUCAUAUUUUUGAAAAAAAAGAAGUCAUGGGGAUUUAUUUCUUAUCACUGAAUUGUGGUAAUUUGGAUGUAAAAAUGUUAAGCAGGGAGUGCAGAGAGCAUGAAACAUGAAGUCCCCCGCCCCCCAAAAAAAAGCAUCAGAAACUUAUUUUUUGAGACCAUUCAUCUUUCCAGUUUUGGAAUUCCAGGAUUCUGGUUUCCAGGUUUUGGAAAUUUGUACAAUAUCCACUGCAGAAAUGUUCUGCAAAACAUUUUCUCAAUUCCUGAUAAACAAAGGAUAGCUAACCAAAUGAAGUACUGGCCACCACCAAAAACUAACAAACUCAUUUUUAUUUUACUUUAACAGCCAUUUCAAAGGAAAUGCUUGUGAACAGCUAACUCAAAUGUUACACCGUUGUGAGAACUGGUCAUUCCAAAUAUAAUUUUCAGCAGCAGGACUGAUUCCUGAUGCUUUCCAAGAUAUAAUGGAAUAAUACUCUUCAGACCCAAAGUAAACUGAGUAACAAAACAUUUUCUCAGUAAUGGAUUUUGAUAUCUGGCAUAAUGAUGAAUGUUAAGUCAUGCCAAUGUCAUGUAAGCAUGCGAUACUUUAACAAUUUUAUUUUAACCCAUCGUUUUUACUGUGUUCUGCCAUUAACAAAAAUUGAGUACAUUUCUUAGUCAUGUUAAUUUUUUUGGACAGUGAUAUGGAUUUUAUAGUCUGUAAUUUUUCUAUAUGAACUUUUUUAUAUUUGUUUAUUAAUGAUAUGUGUUGGUUUAUAUUCUUUAUCUUUCAUUACUUUCACACUGUAUUUACAUAUGUAGUGGUAGAAAGGCAUAUCUACUCAGCACCAGAAGCAGCCAUGAAAUCGCAGAAUAAAAAAAAUAAAACUUUUGAGUGGCCUUUAGUCUGAUCUGCACUAAUACAUAAUUGCACUUGUAUCUUAAAGUUGAGAAACAGGAAGAUGCAUUCAGUGUGCUACGUCAAGUGUCCUCUCCCAUAGUUUCCUUCAAUCUACAGGCUGAGUCGGUGUUUUAUUAAUGGUCACAUUUCACUUGCAAGGAGGACUGGAGGUUAUAUCAGUUAUUUCUGUUAACCUGCAGUGUGGCUACAAAACUGAUACAAGCAGAGACGAAUUUCACAAAUGAUUAGUAACCCUGAAAACAUAGAUAACACUUUGGCAUUAUAAACAUCAAGAAAUAUUUGUGUAGUAUUUAUGUAGUAGGCAGAACAUGAGCAACGUGGUAAGUCAGGUGGCAAGCUUACAGAACAGCAAGCUAAAAGGAUAUCAGUUAGGAAUGCUUUGUAGAAUUAAAUAGCUGAUGCAAAUUGAAGAGAAAAUCAGCAUACAGUCGGGAUUUCUCGUAACACACAAGCACUACUUUAAUGAGUACUGUACUUUUGAGAUUCUGUUUUUCUUUAUGCUGAUGAGAUUGGUCUGGCUGUCCAAGGCAAGGAUUAUGGAUGUAUUGUGCCUGAGUAUAGUGUUAUAUAUGCCAAUACUUAAACAAUACAUACUCUUAAUGUAAUUCCUGACACUAACUUCAUGGAAUCAUCUUCUUUUCAUGAUGUUUGUGAUGAAUAGAUGUGUUUUAAGUGAUGACUUUAUAGAGGUGAUUACUGAAUUUAUUUAUUUUUUUAAUUCUUAUAUAGCCUUUAGCAACUUAAUGCAUUAGAUUAGUUUCCCACUUAGUGUAGUGAUAGAACCUGCCAGCCUUAAUUGUUUAACACUGACUAGUACCAUAUAAUAAACACUUCAUUUUUAUGAAUGCUAAAAAGGUCAUGCUGUAUAAUCUUCAUUAUACCUUGGCUAUGACUGCACAGCCAAUCAAACUGCAGAACUUAGAGAAUUUUUACAUAAUUUUAACUUUCCAGUUUCCCAUUUGAAGAAGCAUAGGCAGCAUACCUCAGCUGUACAGAUUUUUACAGAAUGUCCAGAUUUUUGCCUCAUAUUUUUGGUCUGUUCCUCAUAAAAUUUGUUAUUUUCUGG